ACUUACACACACUGAAGCUGUUAGAGCUGGAUUUUUUUCUCAGCCAUUCUACAGUCUGUUCUUUCCGUUGAUUUUAUUCAAACAGCAUGGAUGUUCAUCUCUGCUUAACAAACCUUUAGGUACUAAUUACAAAAGUAUAGUCAGACUAUCAUACGUGACCUUUAAGACACAGUACAGGAUACAGGUAAAAACCUGAACUGUAAUACUUGGGAUACAGCCACAAAUAUUGUAAUGUAUGUGCAUUACAAUACGAUACAGAUAUACAUAAUGUAAUAUAUAUGCUUCCUGCAUUCAAGGGAAUAGUGCUCCCUGCUGUUUAUACUGCACAAACGGGCCUCCUCUUCCUCUGCUUGUUUCUUAAGGUGCAUCCCGUGAUUAGACAACGCAUCCGCUCCCUGGCGGCGGCUGACCUAGGCCCGGCAUCCUCAGGGCAGCAAGUAGAUGACCACGAAGAGCGCCAGGUCGAAGAGAAGGAAAAGCCACAGGUCCAGCCAGUAGGACUGCCCCGACAGCGACAUCGCCUGCGCCCGGCCGCCAUAGUCCGCCACAUCCCACUGCUCCCGCCGCCUCGCCUCCGUCUCCAUGUCCUGGAGGGUCGCCUACCAGGACCGAGGUACUCACCGCGCAGGCUCCAGCUAUACUUCCGGGUAGGCAGCCAAUGGGAACGCAGCGCACGUAUCGCCGUCACGCCCUGCGGUCAAUGCAUACAGACGCUGCCUUUGCUGCCUAACGCCGCGCUGCGCUUACGUUCUGCGGCGGGCGGGGGUCGGUGGGAAUUGGUGGUCGGUGGGGUGUGCGUGGCGGAGUCCUUGUCGUUGUCCCUGUCGCGACCCUGUGGCAUGGUGGUGUUUUGCCCCUUUCUGCAAGCACAGCUGCUCUGCCUUCCUCGUUGCUGUCCUGGGAGUUGCCGCCGCGAUGGGUACUUGCUGCUGGGUGGCUAA